AUGACUGUAGCAACCAAGGCCGAUCAAAUGUUCCCCGUCAAGCUUGACAAGAACAUGAAGAAGCAAGGUCUCAUGAACGACGUCGUCAUCACCAUUAACCCCAAACUAUGGAAAUUCAGCGGAGAUUAUGCCUGUGCCAUGACCGCGUUCUACGAUAUGAAGGCUAAAUGCAGAUCAUGGAUUGAAAACAGAAAGUGGCUCGAGCAGGACUGGAGAAAAAUUGAUUCUGUGGUGGAACUUUUUGAUGUCGCAACGAACACUGCUGGACUAGUGCCGGAUGCUGUCCGUAUCCGGUACCAAGAGGUUGCCAAUGACGCUAUUUCAAAAUUUGCAUCCAGCCCACUGCGCACUACAUUUGUGACGCGUUCAAAUACGCUGUGGCUCGGAUUUGACAACAUAAUUGGUGCUCUAUGUCAAGGCUGGUUGAACGAUAGCGCUGUAGAUUUCUGUCUGGAGGCAAUUGUGGGAUCAAUUGGACAGUCGCUCAUGCUUUCAACCUUGUUGGGAGUGGUGGGCUGGCCAACAUCACCGAAGACACAAAUACUCUACACAAAGUUCAUCGUUCACCCAGUGAGUUUAAGUGCAAAUCACUGGGGUCUCAUAACGGUGCGUCUGUAUUGCGAUGUCGCGACUAAAACGCUACAGGUACAAGUGUUCAUUGGAUACCAGGUUACAAUAAGCCCGGUGGAGCGGAUCAAGACGCCGCAACAACCUGAUGCCAUCAGCUGUGGCGUCCUGGUCAUAGCACAAGCGUAG